GUGGAAGAAGCCGACUAAACAAUCACCAUCAUCAUCACCAUCAGGAGUGCCGGUGCUUCCCCCUAGCUGGUGUUCGAGGAAGUUCAGUCAGCCGAACAGUUCUUGCUAUCCCCUGCUCCAAUAUACACACACAAUGUUUGCCCGCACAGCACACACACUGGCCCGCCAGGUGGCCCGGGCCGGCACCAGGGCUUACUCUGAUGCCCCAAUGUCCUUCACCUUUGCCUCCCAGAACCAGGUGUUCUACAAAGAGGCCAGUGUGAGGCAAGUGGAUGUACCUUCCUUCUCUGGGAGCUUUGGUAUCCUGCCGUCCCAUGUCCCAUCCCUGGCUGUGCUCAAGCCUGGAGUGCUGACUGUGUUUGAGGAUGCUGGCACCAGCAAGAAGUAUUUUGUCAGCUCUGGCAUUGUUACCAUCAAUCAGGACUCCUCAGUCCAGGUCUUGGCAGAGGAAGCCGCAGCAGUGGAAGAGCUUGACUUGGCUUCAGCGCGAGAUAUUCUUUCUAAGGCACAGUCAGCUGCCUCCACAGCAGCCACUGAAGAGGCCAAGGCUGAGGCACUCAUCACUGUUGAGGUGGCUGAAGAGCUGGUCAAGGCUGCUGAGUCUGGUUAGCGACCCUCACCACCUUUGUUAUCUUCUGGAUAGAGGUGGAGGAGUAGGGGAAUCAAGAUGGUUAUUCUAGUGCUGUGCUGCCAUUGGCCCAUACUCUUCAUCAUGUAGUUUCUUUCAUAUGAUGUAUAGUUUGUUAUAAUCUUUCCUUUGCCUUCUAAUCAAUGGCAGACCCUGCAAGAGGAAUGUUUGCCACUGAUUUUAUUUGUCAGUUGUAAUAUUUCCAAAUAGCAGAUUACAAACAAAAAUUUGUUUUAAGACCUGUAUGUUAUUUUCUCUCCUUAACAUUAUAGGGAAACAUGUGCAUCAAUAUUCCUCGAAUCCUUAUUUGAAAGUUUUAUUGCUGUGGUUCUUCAAGAACAGAGUAGAAAAAGAAAAUCCCUGUUGCUGCCAUGUAGAUUAUAAAGACAUAUUUAACCAAAUUUUUUAGUGGAAAAAGUCACAUGGAGUAGCAUUGAAGUUCUUUUAAGGAGGGGGCAACUUCCUACCAUAGAAAAUGGUAAUAGAGAUCAUGAUCUCUAUGCAUGAGUACAGGAAAAAGAAAAAGACAACAAAUUAUAUAAAAUUAUGAAAGUAACCUUAAGUGAGGGCUUUUGGCAAUAGCACUUGCUCCUACACAUAUGCAACACACCAGUGUGGUGCCCAGUGGUGUGUUCUUCAUUCCACACAACACCAUUGUCAUUGGGACAGAGGGAUGGAAAAGGCACUUGACUAAUACAAACCACCUGACCUGUGUGUGUGGCAGUGUAUUGUGUGUGUAAAGCCUGUAAAUAAAUUAGUAAUGUUU